CAGACCUGAACCUGAACUGAGUCCCUAUCGAACUAUCGUUUCCUUCCCUUCCCAGAGGGCGAAUGUUAGCAAACUUGUUCCAAUUCUCCAACUCACCUUUAGUCUAUUUUUUUUCUCACUUUUGGCUUGACCUUCCGGCAAGUUUCUGCAUCUGUCGUCCACGCCCGUAAUAUCAGCUGCCCUGCCACUAGUACAGCUUCGACACGGCUUCCUUCCUGGGGAGUAAAAUAUACUUGACUGCCUAGUUCACUUCACCAUCUGCUUAUUCGCCUGCUUUUUGAUCAGCUUUUCAUUGAUUUUACCGUCACCUUUCUCAACAAUUUCAGGGUUUCGUUUCUGUAUUAACUUUUUUCUUCAAUGUGCUUGACCUAGCCACUUGAGAUGCCUAAAGGUAUUAAGCAAGAGCCUCAGAGGAGUCGUGAGACUCCGGCAUCACCAUGUGCCGGUAGAACUCCUGCUAGGGUGAACCGAACGCCCACCAUGACAUCGAGGGCCUCUGAGGAGGUGAAUCUGAACACGACUGCACGUCGUCAAGCCCGUUCUUUAGCCCCUAGUGCGGAUACUCGACAGGCCAUGGCGGCGAUACAUGACGACUCGGAUUCCGAUCCUGAUCUUGUCGUAAUUAGGGAAAUGCGUCAAGUCGUCAAGCCUGACCCGGAUCGCCAUCGGGCUGUUCCAGGCAGGAGUGGUGUUAACUUCGACAGUGAUUCUUUGCUCAACCGAAAUUUCGAGCGCAUAGCAAAGAACCUGAAGGCCCUUGGAGAAACUCUCGGUGAACUCCAAAGCCUAGGUAUCCAGCAGGUUGCUGACUUGCCAUCGCUAGUCCUGGUGGGCGAUCAGAGUUCUGGCAAGUCGACGCUGAUGUCUGGAAUCGCAGGAAUUUCCCUCCCUCACCGAGAAGGAAUGUGCACCCGCUGUCCGGUACACAUCCGAUUGUCGAAGAGCGAUUCAUGGGCUCUUCAAAUCUCUCUCCAACAAGAUUACUCCUAUGUUGGACCAAAUUCAGUAGCAGGUGAAAACUUCGGCCCUUGGUCUCCCCAGCCAAGAGUGGUCAAAGAGUUUUGGUCCUGUCGCGAGAAGGACGAUGACCGGAUCCGAAAUGCGAUUCGUUGGGCACAGGUUGCAAUUUUGAACCAUCACAAACCCCACAGGCUUUAUGUGCCUCAGACUCAGCAGUCAGACGACGAGGAAAGGUUGCAGCAGGAAGAAAACAGCGCUGAAACUGAUUUCAGCCCCAAUGUCGUAGCUUUGAAGAUUAGUGGCCCUAAUCUUCCUGACAUCUCUUUCUACGACCUUCCCGGAUUGAUCAAGGCCACCAGGCGAGAGGAAGACCAUUAUCUGGUGAAAGUCGUGGAGAACAUGGCCCGCAAGUACAUUGCCGAUUCCAAGGCCAUCAUCAUGUGGGCUGUGCCUAUGAACAGUGACCCCGAAAACUCGUCAACACUUGCCAUCAUCCGAAAAGAGGGAGCUCAAGAUCGUACUGUAGGCGUGUUAACCAAGGCUGAUCUCUUGCCCCCGGGCAAUCACGAACAGUGGCUUGGUAUGUUGGCUGGUACACAGCACAGUGUUGGACGUGGAUUUUUCAUCACGGCGCGACAGCCAAAGGACACCGAGACUCAAAACAGUUUCGAGGAAGCAUUUUUCAACGGCCAAGCCCCUGACGGUGUAAAUCCUUGGUCUGAGCGCUUCCAACCAUAUGCGGAUCGAUGCGGCCUUAACCAGCUCGUUGUAUUCCUUUCGAACACGCUUAACCGUGCCUUUUCCAACAGCUUGCCCGACAUCCUUCAUACCAUUUCCGAGCGUAUGCAGGAAGUUGAUGAAGAACUAGCAAAGCUGCCGGAUACUCCGGCUCACCCUUACGCCGAACUGCGCGAGGCUCUGAUUGGUUUUGUGAACGGCGUGAGGAACGGCCUGGGGUUGGCUGUGACUGGCGAUUUCGACGCUGAUUGCAAAUCUCUUUUGGACGCCUUUGAGCGCAAGAUUCUUGAGCUGAAGCCGAGGUAUAUCGUCAAAAAUCCAGCUCCCUCGAGGAGGCCGCCCAUGACUCCGCAAGCUCGACGAAUUGCCCCAGCACCGACGCCCACCCCGAGUCGCACGGCGACCAGCCAAAGCUCGAUUGAUCUAACCCUCGAUGACGAUACGCCCGUCCCACAAAGCCGCCGUCGCAGGCUUGAUACUUUUCUCGAGGGACAGCAGCCUGCUAAUGGAAACCCCAAGCGAUCGCGUCCAGCUGUCAAGCAGGAGGAAAGCUUUCGUGUCGCCGUUGCCACCCCGCCUCUGUCCCCCGUUAAGAACGACUUGGCGACGGUUCGGAGGCGCUGUCAAGCCCGAGCUCGGGACGGAGAACCGGACGUCACGCCGCCCGAGAUCUACCCCGAGCUCUCUCUUGAGGCAAUUUCGCGCUGGGCACGACCUUUGGAUGAUUGUGUGGAUUCUUUCAUUCAGUUGUUAAGUCGCAAGCUGGAUCAGAUCUUGGCAAUGUCUUUCGAGAAGCUCAGGACCAAAGCCGCGUUCCGGGAGGCAAAAGAUCACCUUGCUUCGUACGUCCAGCAGCAAAAGGAAGAGCUUUCACAAUCUUUGUCAACGUUGUUUGCUCGCGAGAGUAAACGUCUCUACACCCGUGACACCGAGGCUUUUGAACGCCACAAGCAGGCAGAGCGGGAAAUUCUGCUUCACCGACGCUACGAAUGCCGUUGGAGGGAGCACCAAGAGGGUUUGGGAAAAGAUGCUCCGCCCAUUAAAGAUUACGACAAACUGACAGCGCAGGAAAAGAAGGACAAGGCUAACAAUAUUCAGAUUCUUGGUCUGGACGAAUACGCUCGUGAGCUCGAGAUUUGCGCCCACGUUAGGGGCUACUAUUUGACGGCUGCAAAGCGGUUCAUUGAUUGCGUCGGACAGGCCAUUGUGUCGGAUUUGAUCCCAAGCAUGGUUACGACCUUGUCGAGAAGCCAUCUGGAUGAAAAGCUAGGUCUUAUGGGGCCACAAGCCCUGUCUCCGGAGCGAAUUGAUGAUUUGAUGGCAGAGGAGCAUCACGUUGCUGUCCAGCGGAAAAAGCUCCAAGACGAGCAGCAAAAGCUGCAAAAGGCCAUGGAAUCAAUCACCAAACUGGAAUCAGCCGGCGACGGUGAAGAUGAUCAUGCUGCCGAUGCUUCUAGCGAGGCUACAAAUGCGGCCACCUCCUUCGCCAGCCGGAACGGCAAUGGCCUUGGAGCCUCCCAGUCCGGUCCUCGUUAUCAGCCUUAUACCGAAGACGGUAUGGAUGUCGAUCAUGGUGGUAGUGUGGCUUAGGAGAUCCACAAAUUCCCAGCCAGUCGUUGAUGAUCCCGCCUGUCAGAAGACACUGUUAUUUCCAUGCUUUACAUCGGAUGGCAGCUCCGAAGACUUUUAUACAACACAGAAAAAAGUCACCUUCUUGCCAGAUCACCUGCUAUUAGUAUUAGAUGGGAUCGUGUUGAAAGUUCUCUCUGAUAUCUGUCCUCUGAUUGUCAUUUUUCUUUGCAUGUCAUCUCUACUGUAUUGCGUUCUCUUGCCUUUUGUUGUUUUCAUUGUUAUCGUUCUUGCUGAGUUCAGCCGGCCUUGACUUUCCUGCCUUGAGAGAUUUGCACAUGGCGCAUGUAACCCUGAGCACUGUAGGUUGGUUGGGUCUUAUUUUGUUCGGCGAAUCUAUCAUUACUGCUGCGGCCUGAGAUUUGACUUUUUGAUUUCAUUAAGCCAGGAGAUAUGUGUCUCCAGACCCUGUGAGACUUCUGAGACUUCUGAGCAGCUAUUCCUACUGCAUGGAUGGGUUAGGAAAACGUUCGGGAAGAUAAAAAUAUGGGACUUGUGGAAUGGAAGUUCUUUAACAACAUCAGAGGCAAAGCUUUGACAUUGCGACGUAUCUUCCAUUUAACCUGUAUUUUCAAGAGUCCUGAUCUCCGUUGAUAGCUGGGGACUAGCCCCAAGACAGAAAUAACGCUUCAAAUACCAAUGACAC